AUGCCCAUCAUUGGAUCUGAUUUUCUUGCUCACUACGGACUUCUUCCUAACUGUCGCAAUCAACACUUGAUUGACUCAACAACUAAUUUAACAGUAAGAUGUCAAACUUCUGAUGCCUCUGUUCCUAGUGUGAAGACCCUCACCGAGUCUUCUCUAUUCCACGCUGUGCUUGCUGAGUUUCCUACCCUCACUCGUCCGGCUGGAACACCUCGUGAGGUGAAGCAUAAUACAUUACACUUCAUCAAGACGACAACUGGCCCUCCAAUCUCUUGCCGACCUCGCCGUCUUGCACCUGAUCGCCUUAAAAUCGCCAAAGCCGAAUUCGAUAGUAUGGUCCAAGAAGGGACUGCCCGACGCUCUGAUGGACCUUGGUCGUCUCCUCUGCACUUAGUUCCUAAGAAGACUGAUGGUUGGCGACCGUGUGGUGACUACCGUGCUCUAAACGCUAGAACCAUUCCUGACAGCUAUCCGGCUCAACGAGAGGACACUGAACUUCAAGAUCUUUUGAACCGUGACACAGCAUUGAAGCUCAAGAGAAUCACAGUCCCUGGUUCAAACGUUGACCUCUUCUGUGACACUUCUAAUCCUUCACUCCGACCAUUUGUACCUGCUCCUCUCAGACGACUGGUUUUUGACUCUCUACACAACUUAAGUCAUCCCGGCAUCAAAGCUUCAGCUCGCCUCAUAUCUCAACGUUUUGUUUGGCCUAAUAUUCAGCGAGAUUGCCGCACUUGA